AUGUCCAAACAACCAACAAUCCUCAAAAAGGCAGACUCAUCACGCCAACAAAAGCAAAAACCAGAAUCAGCACAGCCAAAAAUCCUCACAAAAUCCACACCAAAAGAAAAUGUUCAAGUUCCAGCUCCAGUGACUGUCCAACAGCAUCAAAUCAGAAAGGAACCAGAACUUCAAGUCGAAGUGAUGCCAAUGAAGUCACGACAGCGCUUCAUGUAUCCGCAUUUUAAUAUUGAUCAAAAGAUUUUCGAAUAUCUUGACAAUGAAAAUUCAGAUUUCUUAGUCGUAGCUGCAAUUGGAGUUAAAAAUGUUGGAAAAUCGACACUGAUGAACAUCAUAGCUGAUCAGGAGUAUGUUAGGAUUAAUCCAGAUGCAACUUAUGAAGCAUUUGUUGAUGAACAUGAAACAUUUUCAACAAGAAAAGAACAAAUUUAUGAUGGAAGUACAGUUGACAUGUUCAUAACUACAGACAGGAUCUUUGUACUCGAUACAUCUCCAUUAGCCAACAAUGUCCAACGACGUGACAUGAUUGUUGCUGAAAGUGAUGACCUUAAAAUGCUGAUAAUGUUGUUUCAAAUCUGUCAUUUAAUUAUUGUUGUCCACAAUGGAUUUCCAGACCUGUCUCUGCUCAGACUCAUCAAUUCUGCAGACUCAAUGAUCCCAUCCGAUGUCAAGCACCGACCAAACUUUGUCUUUGUUGGAAAUAACUUACAACCAGGCACAAAGUUACAUCAAAUUGAUCCAAAAAUUCAUGCUGGAUGCAACUUGAUGAUUCCAAAUCUUCACAGCCAAUCAAAUAGCUUUUAUCAUGACAUUCCACAAGUCAUACAGGAUUAUCAAGAGCAAGUCUUUAUGCUGAAGAGGUACAGCAUGAUGGAAGACGAUGAGGAGAUAUUUACUGAAAAGAAGUGGUCACAGAGGGUGCUGCAAGUCAUGGAAUCGAUAAAGAGUGACUACUUUUUGAGGAAGUAUGAUGGACUGAGGGAUAAGUAUCAUCAACCUGUUGAGACUUAA